AAGUAAAACCAAAAUAAGAUAAAAGGACUUAAAAAGCGGCCCAAAAACGCUAAUAAAUGUGUUUCUUUGCAUCGGUUGCUUGGCCACGCAGCGCAAGCGAAUUCCCCCUAGCCUAUAGGCUAUAUCCCCCAAUUUUGACAAAGCACAGCCUUUUUUUCGGCCAACAAGCACACGCUAAUGUAUGCCAAUUUUUCACUAUCUUCACCAACUCCAAAACUGCGCCAAGCGCCAUUCCGCCGCUUCCACAAAACUACUCCAUGCCCAUCUCAUCAAACUUGGUCUAACCAAUUGUAUACCUUUGUCCAAUUCUCUCUUAAAUGUUUAUACCAAAUGCAACCUCCUUCAAGAAGCGCUCGAACUAUUCGAUGAAAUGCCCCAAAGAGACCAUGUUUCAUGGGCUACGAUUCUUACUGCUCAGAACCAAGCCAACAUCUCCAACAAGACCCUCUCUAUGUUCCCCUCCAUGUUUUCACUUGACAGGUUGUUGCCUGAUGAUUUUGUUUUUGCUAGCCUUGUCAAGGCUUGUGGUAGCUUGGGGGCUAUUAAAGAGGGUAAACAAGUUCAUGGCAACUUUUUAGUGUCACCAUAUUUUGAUGAUGAUGUUAUUAAGUCAUCUUUGGUUGAUAUGUAUGCAAAAUGUGGAUUACCUGAUGAUGGUCGAGCAGUUUUCGAUUCCAUUAAGUUUAAAAAUAUGGCUUCUUGGACUGCUAUGAUGCAUGGUUAUGCUAGAAAAGGGAGAAAAAAAGAGGCUUUGGAGUUGUUUUUGAGGGUUCCUCUGAAAAAUUUGUAUGCUUGGACUGCCGUGAUAUCUGGUUUUGUACAGAGUGGAAAUGGGAUUGAUGCAUUUGGUUUGUUUAUUGAGAUGAGAAGGGAAGGGGUUAGCAUAAUUGACCCUCUUGUUCUUUCAAGCAUAGUUGGUGCUUCUGCUAAUUUGGCAAUGUUGGAACUAGGAAAGCAGGUUCAUGGACUUGUUAUAGGGCUUGGGUACGAAUCUUGCACGUUCAUAAGCAAUGCUCUUGUGGAUAUGUAUGCAAAAUGUAGUGAUAUAUUGGCAGCAAGAGAUGUUUUUAGUAGGAUGUCACGAAGAGAUGUUGUUUCUUGGACUUCGAUAAUAGUUGGGGCAGCUCAGCAUGGACGGGCUGAGGAAGCAUUGUCCUUGUAUGAUAAGAUGGUUUCGAAUGGAGUAAAGCCGAAUGAAGUAACCUUUGUUGGAUUGAUUUAUGCCUGUAGCCAUGUUGGUUUAGUGAACAGAGGCCGUGAACUUUUCAAGUCUAUGAUUGAGGAUUGUGGGAUUAAUCCUUCCUUGCAGCAUUACACAUGUUUGCUGGAUCUUCUCGGUCGAUCUGGAUACCUUGAUGAGGCUGAAAAUAUUAUCAACUCAAUGCCAUUUAAGCCCGAUGAACCUACAUGGGCAGCAUUGUUAAGUGCUUGUAAGCAUUAUGGAAAUGCCAAAAUGGCUAUUAAGUUUGCUGAUCAUCUACUGAGCUUGAAACCUGAAGAACCUUCAACGUAUAUUCUGUUAUCUAAUAUUUAUGCUAGUUCUAGUUUGUGGGAACAUGCUUCAAAAGCAAGGCACUUACUGGAAGCUUUGGAAGUUAGAAAGGAACCGGGAUAUAGCUACAUCGAUUUUGGCAAAGAAAGCCAAGUGUUUUAUGCUGGGGAAACAUCUCAUCCCAUGAAGGAUGAGAUUUUUGGUUUGCUGAAGGGGUUGGAUGUGGAGAUGAGAAGAAGAGGUUAUGUUCCUGAUACCAGCUGUGUUCUGCUUAACAUGGAACACCAGGAGAAGGAGAGGCAACUGUUUUGGCAUAGUGAGAGGUUGGCUGUGGCGUAUGGGCUUCUUAAAUCUGUUCCAGGAAUGGUCAUACGGAUAGUGAAGAAUCUUCGUGUAUGUGGAGAUUGUCAUACAGUCUUAAAAUUCAUUAGUGACAUAGUGAAGAGAGAAAUUGUUGUCCGAGAUGCCAAACGAUAUCACCAUUUUAAAGAUGGGAAAUGUUCAUGCAAUGACUUUUGGUGAAUUCAUGUUUUUUGUUUUGAAUUCCAUUCUUUCCUCCAUCCUCAUAUCGUUACAUAAUUAAAUUCUCAUUUCAUUUAACGUUGUUUUUGAGGAGAGGUUAAGAAGAGAAUGGCAUACAAAAAAGUUUUCCUUUCGCUAAAAAAACCCUAUAAACUAUAUCAUUUUUCUUAAAUAAACCUAUAUGCUUUUAUUGUAUCCAAAUAAAUUCUUAUUUCAAAUUGAAGAAUGAUACCCGAAAAAUGA